AGUCCAUCUCAAUUCCUACACAAAACUUUAAUCUGUGCGCACUCGUCUGCCACUGCUUGGGGUGCCUCGACAGACCUUUUAUGCGCGAUAUACAGUCGAUAUCAAGCCAACUCUUGACUGGCCGACUACUCAGCAGCAGGACUACUCCUAACGGUGGUGUCUAGCUCCCAAAGAAGCAUUCAAGCGGUGUUAUAUCUGUGGACCUAGACCUUCAAAGCUCCAAGCACGAUAUAAAGAUCAGCGAAGUGUAAUUUGGACUACCUUUUAGCUGACUAGCUACUCAGCAGCAGAUCUGCCCAGCUAGCUUCAGAAAACGGUGCUCGGACAGUGUACUCCACAUAAUGCCUCUCCCCCUGGCACCCCCCUCAUCCACCCCCCUAUCCAACCAGCACUUCAACACCAGUAUCUCCUCCAACGACCACCCUUCCUACAUGCGCCUCGCCCUGUCCUACGCCCACGAAUCCCGACCGCUCCCCACAAACUUCCGCGUCGGCGCUCUCCUCGUCGACUCCGCGUCCAACAGGAUCCUCACGUCCGGCUACACGCUCGAGCUCCCCGGGAACACGCACGCGGAACAAUGCUGCCUCUCCAAAUACGCCGCAGAACACAACAUACCCGAGGAGCGCGUUGGAGAAGUGCUGCCGGAAAGGGCAGUGAUCUAUACAACCGUCGAGCCGUGCGUGAAGAGGCUGAGUGGGAAUCGGAGUUGUGUGGAACGGAUCGUGGAGACGCGGAGCAAAGGGGGCGGAAUACGGAAGGUGUAUGUGGGAGUCAAGGAGCCGGAGACUUUUGUUGGGGAUAACCAGGGGCGGAAGAUAUUGGAGGAUGCCGGGGUGGAGGUGGUGCUAGUUGGGGGGUUGGAGGAGGAGAUUUUGAGGGUUGCGACGGCGGGGCAUGUUGCCACGUCUUGACAUCCUUUAAAGGCUUGGAUAUACGCGCAAAAUAGCGAUACGUUACAUAGGCGUUGAUCUCGAGUCGCUCGUUUUCAACGUCCUGAUGUCUGGCA